AAUUCAAUCAUAUAAAAUGGAAAAGGACUCGUUGGAACUAAAACAUGAAGAAAGUGAUGUUUUAGAAAAUAACCCACUGGUGGAAAACACUGAAACAAUUGUGGAUUCAACAGAGACAGCAAGAGCCCCGGUUGAGGAGGAAGAAACUGAACCUCUUAACAUCCCAGAAGGUGUUGAGGAUAAUCUGGUCAAGCAGGGUUCACAGCUGACAGAAGACAUGUCUAUUGUUGAGACAAGUGAACCACAGAUAUCUGAAACUGAGUUUGGGCAACAUAUGAUAACAGAAGAAGAGGAUGAAGAGCCCCUUAUUAAUGAGACCUUGGAGGACACUGAGGGUCCUGAAAUAGGACAUUUCAUCGACGAUCUUCUAUCUCGUGAGGACACUGAGGAGGAAGAGCAAGACGAAGAGGAUAGACAUCCAGCUCCUGACCCAGAGAGUGAGAGGAGCAGCCCUAUGAAUGAAUCAACGGUGCCUGCAGAAGAAGAGAAGACUGGCCUCAACAUCAACACUGCAGAAUAUGUGGCCCUGCUACCUGAACUACAGGCUGAGAGUGAAAAGCUCAGCAAGAUAAACGCUCAGCUGCAGAACAAAAUAGCAGAAUACCUCAGUAAGAAGGCAGGUGAUAAACAUCCCAGACUGGACCGAGAUAUCUCAGACCAGGAGCAGUACCAACAGUACCUGGAUCUCAUGGAGGAGCUAAAAGUGCAGAACCACGGUGUCUCAGAGCUCCACCAACUGCGGACAGAGGAGCUGCGCCAGCAGAGCUUAGAGAAACUGAAGCAGGUGGAGCAUGAGCUGAGAUCCCUAGCUGCACUGAAACAUGAAGCUGCAAUGACUGCACUGACUGGUAAGGUGGGCAAACAGGCAGCCCUGGCAAAGGUGGAGAAGCUGCAGGCAGAUGAAUUGAAGCAGGAAGACAAGCUGGCAUCUGUGCGUCUCAACAACAUCAAGCUCAAGAACAAAAUAUGUCAGCUUGAGACAGAACUUAAAUCCAAGCGUGAACUUGCUGAUGGCUUGCUGCUGAUGGACUUUGAGCAGCUCAAAACAGAGAACCAGACAUUUAAAGACAAGCUGAAGGAGCGCAGCGAGGAACUACUUAGGCUCAAAAGGAAGGUCGCCUGCUCUGUGCAGGGCAUUUCCCAUGUGAAAGAGAAGCUGCAUUUCAUGCAGAUGGAGAAUAAGGUCAAGCACUCUCAACUGAUGAAGACAGAUGCAUUGGUGGCUCUUAAACGUGAAGUACUGACACGUACUCGUCAGGCUCGUGACGGACUGCGUGCAGACAACCUGAAGCUGCAGCAGCGCUGUGGCCUGCUGGGAAACACCACACUGCUGCAGGACUUUGAGAAGAAGGUAGACACCUCCGAAUUCCUGCAGCAGAGACUAGAGAUGUUGAAGAGACGUCACACUGAGCUCAUGCUGAAGUGUGCAGGAGUCAAGCAGAAGAUCGAGCAAAGCAAACCAGAGGGACAGUGACAACACAAGUGCACGUGCUUUUCCUUUCAGUAAUUGAGUUAAAUACAAUGAAUAGAAUUUAACAUGACAAAGCUUAUCUUUUGCAAAGCAUUAAAGUUGAUAGAAAAGCGGAAUGUUUGGUGAGAUAUAGUUCUUU